AAAGGUCCCCUUUCACAAACAAUUUACGUCACUAUUAACGUCAUUCAUUCAUAAACAUAAGCAGGUGCGUGAGAGUAAACACAAAGUUCUCUUCAGUGACAGAUCGAAAAUAGAACAUCUGCAUUCUGCUACAUUUUUACAGACACAGAAAGGAGGAAGUUUUGUAGGUUGAUAUGAUAAAUAUUGUACAUGUGUUGGUGUUCAUACCAGCAAUAUGUUACGGCGGAACUCCUGUGUCAAAGCCGUUCUCAUUUUUCGAGUUUGGCAAUCAUGACUUUCACAGCCUUCGACGUGUACUUAAAGCAGCGCACGAAAAUGCUCCAGACAUAAGCAAAGAAUAUAGUUUAAAGAAAAAAUCAGUAAAUGGUCUAGACCUUGCUGUGAUAGAAUUUUCCAAAAACCCAGGAAAACAUAUACCAGGGGUACCAGAGUUUAAGUAUGUUGGUAAUAUGCAUGGAAAUGAAGUGGUUGGAAGAGAAGUAUUACUAGCUUUGGUAUCAUUACUUAGUGAGAACAAAGACAAUGAUCCCAGAAUUAGUUGGCUAAUUGAACAUACUCGUAUUCAUAUCCUGCCUUCAAUGAAUCCAGAUGGUUACGAGUUGGCCAAUGAGUUGGAAAGAGAUGAGAAUGGAAAAAAAAAUUGGUUACAAGGUAGAGCUAAUGCAAAUAAUGUGGAUUUAAAUCGUAACUUCCCAAAGCUUAAUGCAAUUGCUUACGAAAAUGAGAGAACUGGAGGAAAGAAUAAUCACAUGGAACCAUAUCAAGUAGCGCUGGACACACCAGGGCUACAACCUGAAACUAAGGCUGUGAUGAUCUGGCUGCAUGAAAUUCCAUUUGUACUCUCAUCUAACUUACAUGGAGGUGAUUUAGUGGCUAACUAUCCAUAUGAUGCCACCAAAGACAAAUCUGCACAUCAUUACACUAAAACUCCAGAUGAUGAAACUUUCAGGUUUUUAGCAGAAUCCUAUUCUCUAUAUCACACAGAAAUGGCCAAGAAAAAUCGUACACCAUGUGAUAUGUCAGGGGAUGAUUUGUUCCCAGAGGGUAUUACUAAUGGAGCUAACUGGUACUCUGUUCCAGGAGGAAUGCAAGAUUACAAUCUCCUUGAAACAAACUGUUUUGAGAUCACACUAGAGUUAGGUUGUGACAAGUUCCCAGUACCUGAAAAGGAGGAAGAUUACUGGCACCAGAACAAAGAGGCACUUAUCAACUACAUGCUUCAGGUGCAUGAUGGAGUGAAAGGGAUUGUUACAGAUGCAGAGACAGGAGAACCUAUAAGAAAUGCCUCAGUGAAGGUCUACAAAGUGGUCGCUGGAGGUGAUGAUGUCAAGUACAUCAAUCAUGAUAUUACAACAAACAAGGAUGGUGACUACUACAGACUAUUGAUUGAUGGAAAGUAUAAACUAAAGGUAGUGAAGGAGGGUUAUCUCCCCAUGGAAGAAUUUGUUGAAGUUCAAAAUAAGCCAAUGACUGAAGCUGUAGAAAGGGACUUUCAACUGACACCAGUUAACGGGAACUUGGAACCAGAAAUCAAAGAUGGUGAUGCUGCAUUUGAUAACAGGGACUUCUACGGAGAGUAUCCAGCCGAGGAGUAUGAUGUGGACAGGUUACGAGACCUUAUCCUCAGGUACUUCGGAAGACGCUACAGAUAAACCUGCUGUCGGAAAUCUAUAUGGAAAUGAUGCCUUCUUUGGGAUAAUGGUGUAUUCUAUUAGAUCUGAAAAGUUAUUAUCAAACUUUCUUGUUACCUUUUGAUAGUUCCAAAAGUCUGUUAUUUAAGAGGAUAGAAAUGAAAGAUGUUUUUACAGAAAAAAUAAUCAUGCAUGUUACUAAAUAAGUAGUCAUGCACCUCUAAAAAUCAUAACUUUGUGAAAUAAUAUUGGAAAACUAAGAAUGAAUAAUUGUAUAUUUAAAAAUUAAAACUAUCCAAAGAAAGUAUAAGAAAGGUUUACUGCUAUCUAAUUAGUUUGUUUUUGAUUUAACAAAUAAAGAGCCAAAAUAAGUCAGAAGAUUGAUUUUGACAUUGUUGCUGUUAUCAUAUCAAAAAAUGUAUUGAAGAUGACAAACAUUUUGAAAAUAGCAUGUCAUUUUAAAUACAGAAACCAACCAAAAGUUGUACUCUAAAUAUCCUACUGAAAUUUGAAUCUAUUUGCAUGUGACUUAAUCCUCAGGGUAAAUAACAAACAAAAUAUUAUUCCUGUACAUUACUCAUAGACACAGCAAAUUUGAUCUGAAAAUGAUUUGUUAUUCUGUUUUAGAAAUCCCAAAAUAUUCCAAGCUGUUUUUUCCCCUCACAUUCCAUAGAAAUGUUUUCCAACAAUUAAUUGAACGCUUGAAAUUCAUAGGUAUUACAAUUUUUAGGUAAAAUUUAUUGUUAAUUUUUUAUUAAAGGUAAUUUUUAAUGGUCAACAUUAUAGUUGAAUGGAUUAGAUAUAAACAUAAAAUGGUGAAAUGUAAACUGUGUUAUGGUAGUAAGAUAUUUUGUCACAAAUUCUUGAAAGUAAUACACAAUGAAAUUCCACUUAGUGCAAUAAAUCUUUGAUGAAGGUUUUAUUGAUUUUUAAUUACUAGAAAUCCAUUUGACAACCUAAAUGAUUAGGUUGUUGAAGAUUUAUUGAUAACAUUUUUUAAGUUGUAAGAUAUUUUGUUUUCUACUCUUCUCUUUACAAUUAAACAGAUUUUUUUCUCUUAGCUCACCUGGUCAAAAGUGCCAGUGUAAGCUAUUGCCAUCACUUAGUAUCUGUCAUCAGUCCAAUACAGUUUAGAAUCAAAUCAUCAAGGAUAUGUUGUUCAGUUUCAGAAUUUAAUGUAAGGAUUUUGCUAAGCAACCAUCAUAUAACUGAAAAUGGAACAUAAGGAUAAAAUGAACAAAAAUUGUAUUAAAUUUCUCCUAUGCAAAUCCUAGAUUAGCUUUUUUCCAAACAUGACCAUAAUUACAUAACUAUUGCUAUUUAAAAGUUGCCUUUCGUGAAUCAAAGUUAUAAUUGUAAGCCAUGUGAGUAAUACAGGCUCUUGGAGCCACUAGUUUAUUGAAGAAUUCCAUUGUUAGUGCAAUAUGAGGUUGUUAUUAUAUUUUUUUAUAUACAUAUUCUUUUUUUUUUAAUUGUAAAAAGCUACACAAUUAAUUAUACAUUUAUAUUUAUACAAAAAUGAUAGAAAGAUUACAAAACAGGUAAAUUAGUGUUCAAAUUGUUAAGAUUUGUCAGAUUUUAUGCAGGUAGUAUUAAUUUGGUAAAUUUGUAAAUCGGCCUAUCUUAAAUAAAACAUCUCUCAAGUUGAGCUUUUUUUCAACUCUUUGGCAUACAUAAUGUAAGCAGUCAAACUAAAAAAAUUAAAAACAUUUUCUUAAAUUUGGAAAAUAAUCCUCAACUUGAGAUGUUUUAUUAAGAGAGAAGCCAGAAUUGAUGUUGACAUUCCAUUAUUAGUGACUAGUUACGUAUCAGUUAAGUUGAACAGAUGGGUAUAUGGUUUCAAGAUAACUUAUUUAUUCCAAAAUAAUAGAAAAAUUGUAAAAAUGGGAUAAAAAUCCCAUCUGCAUUAUGUACUAUCUUGUAUUAUAAUAUAUUAAACACUUUUGUUCAUACAUCAACAAAAAAAUAAGAUAAGAGGAUGUGUGAACAAUAUGUGCAUGAUAUGUCUUAUCUGUUCAACUCGCCAAGUUCUGAUGAAAAUUAAACUGUUAAAACUGUUUUUUAGGGGGAAUUUAAAAGACAUGAUAUUAUUUAAAUUGUGAAAUUGUUAAAGAAAGGAUAAGUUAUACAUUGAUUGAAUCAAUAUCAGUUUAACUAAGUAAAGCAUUUUGAAAAAAUCUAAUUUAUUUAGAUUAUUCGACAGAAAUUCAACACCUGAAUUUCACUUAUAUUUCAAAUAUUUCAAAGAAACUCUUCAGAACUUGGCAAAUCAUCUGUCUUCGCAGCAUGCAUUAUAAAAAUGUUUGAACUAAAAAUAAUCAAUAAAAACUUGUUUUGAGCAGGUCAGAAUUCUUUGUGCAGGUUUUCUGGUCUGGCAGUGAAUGAAGUCUUAAGAAUUAUGUAAAUGAGAUCUUUUAAGACUCAAAAGUCAAAACAUGAUAUAUUUUUAUAAUCCAUGCUUUAUAUGUUAAAUGUUAGGUAGGUAACAUCUUAACUCCUUUAUUAAUUAUUACUUUCUUCAGUGCAAAUGCCAAAACAAUGAUAUAAUUUUGUUUUAAAUGUACAUUUUAAAUUACCACAGAAAUCUUUGAAGUCGUUCUUUAAUCUUGAAUAGAUUUUUAUGUGAUAUGGGCGAAGCGAACAAUAUUUGUAACAUUCCUGUUUUAGUUACUAGAAUAAUGAGGGUCUCCCAGUUUUGCUGUCAAUAAAAUGUUACAUGUGGUUGAAAUCUUCCUACAGUGAAUAAAAAUGUUACAUGUGGUUAAAAUCUUCCUUCAGUGAUUAUAAUGCAACACAUUCCUGAAAACUUUCAGAAACAAUCAUCAUUAAAAAAAAUAUUAUUUUAUGAUAUCUCUGUUUACGACGAUUUUCAAAGCUUAAAGGUUUGCCAACUUCAAAUCUAGAAUUUUUUUUAAUGUAGCAAGAAGAGAAAUAUCUGUAUCUUGUAUUUACAGAUAACUACAGAAUCUACAUUGCCUCAAAUUUUUACAUCUUUUACGCCUAUACAAAAUAUAUGGUGUCCUCUAUUCAUUAAUUUCUAUUUAAAUAGUGAUAUGUAACUAUAUUCUUUAUCAAGUUAUUCAGUUUUGGUUUUCAUUUGAAUCUCAUUUAUAUGUUCAGAAUUAUAAUUUGCAAUUAAAAGUAUUUUUUAUUAAUUUAAGCUUUCAUUAAAUUUAGUUUGGCAGUUCCUUAUUCUAUAUUGUCUAAGUAUCACUGUUUGCAUCACAGCUGUUUUAAAGAUUAAUUUUCCAGUUUCCAGUUUUGCUGACAAACAUUUAGAUGAUGUAAAGCCAGACAAAUACACUAAAUUUGCUGUGUUGAAAGUAUGUAUUUUUUUAACCUUCAAGGUGAAGAUUGGCCUUAUUGAACAAUUCGUUUAGUUCAGUAUUUAUUUUUUAAAUUAAUAUGCAGACCAACAUACAAGAAAUUAAUGUCAUAAAGUUCAUUGAAUUAAUGUUUUUUUUUUUAUCCAGAAAUUAAAAUGAACAAUUCAACAGAUUUUGUUUUGCUGUCAGACAGGUGUAAUCUUUUUUUUCUGAAUUCUGUACUGGUCAACAUUACCCACCUUAUAUUUUGAUAUAUGUACUGACAAUUAUGACUUUUUACUUGUAUUUGUACUUUUUUCAUUAUACUUCCUGCAGUUUCAAGUAAACUUUCAGAGAAAUUUUCAUAGUUAAUAUAUUUUUUUUUCUUCAAAAUUUAUAAUAAAUCUCUAUCACAAUUUAUGUCAAAGUUCACUACAAAUGAACAAAAUGCAGGUGAUAAGAAUUUUAUUCAAAUCCAAUGUAUACAAUCUUUUUUUUUUUAUAAGUUAAGUGUACACUUUUUAAUUUUGUGAUAUGUCAAAGUUUUCAACAUUUGAACAAAAAAAAAUGAGAAAAUUUGUUUAAUUGAAACUGCAGGAAUUAUUAUUUAAUUCUUUAUACUCCUCUACAAACUGUUAUAUCCCACCUGUUGUUGUGUUUGUCAUUAAAAUAUUUCUUGCAA